AUGUCUGCAACUUCUUCGACUAUUAGUGAACGAGACCUAAAUUCUAAACUUACUGAAAUAUUCACUAAAAUUGGGCAACUUGGAAAUGCACAACAAGGCAUCCAAGAACUUUAUGACUUAUUAAUAGAACAUCCGGAAUGUGACGUCAAAGUUAAUGCAUUUCUCGCUUCCGCUGGAACUUUCUUUCAAAAAUAUAUUCGAAAAGCGCUAGCUGACCUUACUACUCAAGAAAUGCAAAAAUGCGGAAUGUUGCCUAAAGAAUCUUUAACUCCUUUAACUCCUUUAACUCCCGUAUCUACGGCGAAAGACACUCCUUUACAAAAACUACCAACCACCCCAAAAAACAAACCUCCGCACAAAUUUUCUACAAACCGUUGCUCUAAUAGUAUUGCGAUAAAUGCUAGUUCGGCGAAAGACUUUUCUAUUAAAAAUGAUUUUCAUGAAGUAAAAUCGGGUUUCCCUAUAACCCCUAUAACCCCAAGGACAAAUAAAGUAUCACAAGAAACUUUUGAUCAAACUCGAUUACGUCUUCAUGCCAUAUUUCAAUAUGAAAAGUACAAGACCGGCCAAAAACGAUCAAGUCUACCAAAUUUAAAACAAUUCGAAUGUGAUAAUGAACGAUUAGAAUAUGUUAAAAGUAUUAUACGAUCACGGCCAAGAGCUCGUCGUUCUACUUGGAAUGAUAUCAACACCCCGCUUACUACUAAACUUACUGAUGUAUCUAUUCAUGCUAAUUAA